AUGAGACAGAUCAGCCUGAACUUUAGGCACCUCUCUCUGGAGGACAAAAGCUUCCUACAUCUGAAACCCAGCACUUUGAUUAGCAUCAUCUCCUCAGACAGCCUGGUGGUCUCUUCUGAGAUAGUUGUCUACCGGGCAGUGCGACGCUGGAUGAAAUUUCAAACUUCCAACCGCCGUCCGUUCCUGAGUAAGAUAAUGAGGCAUGUCCGCUUUCCACUCCUUACCCAGGAAGAGCUCCGAGAGGUCCAGUUAGAAUCAGCAUGUUGCGGGGACAUGCGGUUGCGAUGGAAGCGUCUCAACAGACAAGAGAGGUUGCGGGAGUGUGGAGGUCUUAGACAGGGCAUGUACCACAAGUGUAUUGUGUGCGUGGACCUGUUCAACAUGGAGGGCCCAGAGCUGAAAACGAAGGAUUUUCAGGUAGGCUGUUUUGACCCCGAGACAGAAAAGUGGGAAAAAAUGACGCCUUUGAAAUGCCUGUACUGUGCUCGCUGCCUGGCAGUGGCAGAUAAGCUCUACGUAACCGGAGGUGUGCACACAGAUGACUCUUAUUCAGAUACUCUCCACGAGUACAGCUCUUUCAGAGGCCGGUGGACACAACUCCCUUCCAUGUCAAUGCCCCGUGCUUCACAUGGGUUUCUAAACUGCAGCCAGAAGCUUUAUGCUGUGGGGGGCUGGUGCAGGUAUGAAGAUUAUCUCGAUUCUGCAGAGUGCUUUGACUUGAUGGCGAAGACCUGGACUCCCAUCUCUCGGCUGCCAUACAGUCUGAGCCAUUUUGCCGCCACAGUGCUUAAAAAUAAAUUGUACCUGAUAGGUGGCGUGACAGACAAACUGGGCUCUUGGUAUGUUUCCAGGAAGGUUUUAAUCUACAAAGUUAGCUCCAAUGUGUGGACGCAGGUGCUUCUGGAAGCAGAGUGCUACUGGUCAGGAGCUGUCUCCAUGAAUAAUGGGAUAUAUGUUAUUGGUGGGUAUUUUAGGAGCAGAGUGAGACAUCAUAAUGAGAGAUGGCCUGAUUCAGGAAACCUGCAUUGCAGUCGAAAGUGUUUCUUCCUGGACGAAGAUGGAAGAGUGGACAAGGAUGUCGUGAUCCCAAAGUUGCCAGUUCAAAUUGCUGGCGCUGGUGUGGUGCGCUGGAAGAAGAGGAUCUACGUGCUGGGUGGCGAAAAUACAUAUUUAUAUAAUAACCACGAUGGUGAAAAUGAAGAGGAAUAUUAUAACACAAUUUACUAUUGGGAACCUGGAGACGACAGAUGGACUCAGUGUCUGGAAAGACUCCCUUUUAGCAACUGGGGAAUCAGCGGAUUUGGAUGUGCAACGCUGAAGUUACCCAAAAAAACUAUUCUGUCUCUUUUUCGAAAGACAGCUGUAGCCCUGACAGCUGUUGAGUUAGCAGAGAGUUAG